AUGGUAGUGACGACUGAUAUCUCAGCUUUCCCGUUUGACUGGGAAGCUCUUGGUUUUCCGAAGCUGUUGAAAAAUAACAAGAUUCCAUCUUGCAAAGGUAACCCAGGAGCUCCAGUCUACACCCGAAAUGACUUCCUCCAUAUCUUCAAGUCCUACCGGCCUCCCGAGUACGAACCUAGCCAGUCACCAGUCUACUCCAAUGCGGGAAUCAGCCUUGUCGUUGAGGCAGCGUCUAACAAGGUCUUCGACGCCGCCAUCAAGGAUUUGGUCCUGAAACCACUAGAUCUCAAGCCAACAUACUCAGGUAUCGUCCCAGAGAACUCAGAGAACAUGUUAAUUGUGGCUGGAAGUGCUGACUGGGACGCUGAUAUCGGCAUCAUUGCUCCUGCCCGCGCCGUAGGCUCUAGCGACGCCGAUAUGCUAUCUUUCAUAACCAGUACCCUCAAAAACAAAGCUCUCUCUCCAUCAAACACCCACCGCUGGCUCAAGCCAGACACUUUCACAUCGACUUGGAGCGCUUCAGUCGGGUCGCCUUGGGAGAUUUAUCGUGUCGACAACAUCUGA